AUGGCUUCUUCUGAUGAUCAAGAAAUUGUUUCAGAACUUCUUCCAUUCGUUCAAGUAUACAAGAAUGGUCGUGUCGUACGUUUCCUCGAAUCAGAAAGGGUUCCACCUUCAUUACAAGACCCAAAAACGGGAGUCUCUUCGGAAGACAUCAAAUUCUCCACUAACCCAGACAUAUCUGCUAGACUCUAUAUUCCUAGUAAAUUCAUCGCAACAACCGAAAAGCUGCCAAUACUGUUGUUCUUCCAUGGUGGUGCUUUCUGCAUUGAAUCGGCUUUCUCACUUUAUCACCAGCGCUACCUAAACGCUUUAGUUUCCCAAGCUAAUGUAGUUGCUGUUUCUGUUGAAUACAGACUAGCUCCAGAGUAUCCACUUCCCAUUGCUUACGAAGAUUGUUGGACUUCAUUACAAAGGGCACUUGCUCAUGAUCAGUCUACAAACGACGGUCAUCGGUGCACUUUUGCGCAAGAUUUUAAUGAAGAACCGUGGUUAAAAGAUAACGUCGAUUUCAAUAGGGUAUUUUUGGGUGGUGACAGUGCGGGUGCAAAUAUUUCUCACAAUUUAGCUAUGCGACCAGCGGCUGAAAAUGUUAUCCGUGGAAUUUGCUUGAUUCACCCAUACUUCUGGGGGUCUAAACCAGGGCUGAAUUGGGGGACUUCGAAAAAUAAUUGGGGACCUCUAGCUACAGGACAAAAAGGUCAUAAAAUAGUAAUUGGGGGUUAUCACUUAUCUCAUUUUUUAAAAUGGCUAAACUACCCCUAA